UAACGAUUUGACAUAAAGUAGAGAGGAAAAAUGUCUAAUCGUUGGUAGUAUAAAAAAUCAAACCGUGUCAAUUAGAAGAGGGAGUAGAUUAUUUAACGUGUAUUUAACAUGUAUGUGCUUUGAUUGACGAUCAGUCGAUCACCAUUCCACUCUCUAAUCUAAUCCCCACUCCUCGUUUACAGGACUUACCAAAACGGGCCGUACAGGGUUAAUCCAAGGCGCUUUACAAACUUCGCCGCCGAUCUCCCGUCUCCUGCCGUUGCUUGUCGCCGUUCCGCUCAUUGAAACAGCCGAACAGAAAAUGAAGCAAGAAGAAGUGACUUGUUGCCAGAUUCAAAAAUGGUAUCCAAAAUUUAAACCAGUCUCUAUAAAGAACUUUAUCCAUGAACUCCCUGAAUCCUUUAUUCAGUAUCUGGUUGGAGAUUCUGGCCCUUUUCUACUUCCCACGUCUGUGUCAAAUGAAGAUGCCUUGCCCAAUAGGAUUCAUAAACCUGAAGAUGAGGAGGACUACCAAGUGUCGGAAGGAUCUGAAGAUGAGUCAGAGCCACCAUCACCACCUCCUUCAUUCCCGGAACUUGAAUUGAAGAUCAAAGAUUCAAUCGAAUCCCUUGGUGGUGCUGUCUUUCCCAAAUUAAAUUGGAGUUCACCAAAAGAUGCUGCUUGGAUCAGCACCACUGGAACCCUCAAAUGCACUUCAUUUAGUGACAUAGCUCUCUUACUCAAAGCAUCUGAUUCUGUGGUCCACGAUUUGUGCCAUCCAUAUGAUUCAUGCAGUGACAAGACUUUGUCGAGACCCCCUCAAUUCUACCUUGCCUUACGCAAAUGGUACCCCUCUUUAAGACCAGAGAUGGAGUUCCGUUGCUUUGUCUGUGCUCAGCAACUUGUUGGAAUAUCUCAACGUGAAGUCACUGCUUAUUAUCCUGCUGUACUGGAAAAGAAAGACGAGCUCAAAGAUCUGAUUUAUGAUUUCUUCAUUGACAAUGUUGAAGGGAGAUUCAAAUCUGAAAAUUACACUUUUGAUGUUUAUGUUACAAAAGAUAGGAGGAUGAAGUUGAUUGAUUUUAAUCCUUGGGGUGCAUUUACACUGCCGUUACUGUUUACUUGGGAGGAGUUAGAGCAAGGUGGAAGGUUAGAGGAAGAGGUUGAUUUUAGAAUAGUGGAAAGCCAACAUACAGUACGCCCAGGUUUGAAGACCGCAGUCCCUUAUGAUUAUAUAGAUAUGAGUGCGGGAAGUGGUUGGGAUCAAUUUUUAAGGAAUGCCGAUGAGGAGUUGCAGCAGCAGAUGAGGUCUCCAGAAGCAGGUGCAUAAACAUUUGCCAUCUGGUUAGCUGGAGCUUACUGAUUAUGAUGUAGUAUCCUUUUAUACUUUAUUGUAUGCUUAGCUAAACAAGCUAAGUUCUUUCUUAUUACAGUAUUACUUUUGACUUAAAGUCAGAGUAUUGAUGUUGUAUGAGUUUUGUGGUCUCCUUUCAUUUUAUUUUUUUUAGUGUUAGUGUUAGGGGUUAUUAUCGCCAAACUCUAUUAUGUUGGAGUAGUAUACUAUUAACACAAAAACCCUUCUCACAUUAUCUUAAUAAUAAUUAAUUUAAUUUCAUUGAUAAUGAUUUAUCAUCCAAACUCUAAUGUUAUAUUAGCCCAACUUUAUUUUGCAUUGAUUUCGUGUAUACAUUAUCUUAGUUGGUACUCGUAUUAAAUAAUAUCCUUCAUCCUCUUCCCUUGAAUCUUCCUACUUCCUCAAUCCUCCAUUUGAAGCUUCCUUCUCUUUCCCUCGAUCACCACCAUUGUUGACACCAUCUUUGAAAAUCUUAAGCUCAAUGACAGCUUCAAAUCAUGGUCACCCCUACCCUCUGGAGUUGAUCAUGCCCUUAAUUUCACCCUUUAUUCACAAGGUUUUUGCUAGUGUCUUCGCCGCCACAGAUGGUGGUGUCGUCGGUGGAAGGUGGAGACGAGGAAGAUUGUGUCGGUAGAGGGUGGACAACUGGACAUGAUCACGUGAUGAAGAUAGUGGAAAUGGUGGUGUUGGUGGAAGCUUCAAUGGAGGAAGCUUCAUCAAUGGUAUCGGUGGAGUACACAAAUGGUGGAUGGAGCAAGCAUCAAUAGACGGAGUUAACAAUUGUAAUGUAUUUAUUCUGACUCAACAAGUGAUAAAUAAUAAAAAAAAAAUAU